UGACUGUAUAAAAAGAAACGAAACUCUCUCUUUCUCAAAGAAAUUGUUUGGUUGUUUGUUUAUUUUAUUAAUCUGAUAAGCCGUUGAUAGAGUGAGAGAGCGAUGGGGAGUGAUAGCAAGACCAAUGGACGUGGCGGCGGUGAUGGCGGAGUACAGAUGUCAGCAUCGGUGAAGAAAGUGGUGCAGAACCUUAAAGAGAUUGUCAAUAAUAGCUGUACGGACUGGGAGAUCUACGCCGUCCUUAGAGACUGUAAUAUGGACCCUAGCGACGCCGUUCAACGCCUCCUCUCUCAAGAUACCUUUCAUGAGGUAAAAAGCAAACGGGAGAGAAGAAAAGAGAUGAAAGAGACACAAGAACAAAAAACUCGAGCCAACAGUCGUGCAUCUAGUCGUGGUGUUAGAGAUGGUAGUGAACAUUCUUUUGGGCAGAGCAGAUCAAUGCUAAUCUCCAAUGAGCUUGGUAAAGCUGCAUGCAAGAAAGAGAAUGUCUCAGUUUCUUAUAUUCCAUAUUCUGCUUCUUCAAAAUUAUGUGCAAUGGGACAAACUUGGAAUGAGCAACCUUCCCCUCAAAGGAAUUCUUUUAAUGCUGAUUAUAGAAGACAAUCAAUAGGAACAGGUGAUAUGAUUGAUUCAUCUAUGCAACCAUCUUACGGAUCACAUUCUUCUUGGGUUGGGAGCACCUUACAGCAUGUUGCUAUGGCUGAUAUUGUAAAAAUGGGUAGACCAAAGAGUAAAGGCUCAGAAAUGCCAUGUGAGACCUCUUAUUCCCCUCAAGAUGCUGUUCCGCCAAACUCAACCAUCAACCAAAUCAAACCAUCCCUUGCUACUUCAGAUUCAAAUUUGGGAACAGGCCAAGAUUUGCAUUCUGAUUUGAACACGAUUUCUGAAUCUGGAAUGAAAUCUAGUCAACAUGGUUUUGACAAUGAAUGGGCUGUCAAUGAGCCAAUGAUGACUUCUAGUGAUAUUGGUGGUACAAGGUAUUCAAAUCAACCUUGCUUUCAUGGCAACAGAGCUAACUUGUCAAAUAACUGCUGGUCAGAUACUAUUAUAGUAUCAGAGAGCAAUGUUGCCAGGAAGAAUCUUAGUCCUAAUCAUGUCAGUUCUGUUCAAGCAUCAAAUAAACAAAUGUUUAUGAGUGAUUCAGGAGGAACGUCUGAAUGUGAUGAUGACCUCCGUAAGGAUACAAGUUCACCUGAUUCUUAUGGCCAAACCUAUGAGCCCCUGGAAGGUAGAGGUUCUAAUGCAUCUGCUCCAAAUCCUGCUGCUUCUUUAUCUGAUGAUGCCAUCAAAGCUGCAUCACCAAUUGCUGUGAACUUGCAACAACUAAGUUUAGGGAAGGAAGAGAGAGCAGUGACUCCUAAAGAGGAUAAUCGUGGCGUGGUGCUUCCAGAUUAUUUGCAAGCCUUUUCUGCUGAUUGCUCACAUUUGAGCUUUGGUACCUACAAAUCUGGCAAGAGUACAGCAUUGUCCCAGCCACAAACAUCCAGUUCCUUGAUGAAUGACUUGGAAGAGACCUUGGCAACAUCAAAUGGUUGUUCAUCUUCUAUGAAUUUGAGCUCUAGGAACUUAGUUUAUCAUGAUGAAGUUGAUUUUGAUAGUCAUAGAGCAACUGCAGAUGCUAGAAAUGAUAAUUCACCUAAAUUUUCACAACCAGAGCUUAGGAAACUAGAUAUUCCUGAUGCAUCAACUCUUGGGAAUGAUUAUAUCUCCUGUGCAUCUAUACCUGGUUCAAGUUUUAAGAACAUCCAACAAUCUUCCUCUAUGUCUUUUGUGAUUGAUCCAAAUGCUAGGAACCUUCCUAUUUUGCCAAAUAAAGUGGAAUCAUACUCCAACACUUUGCCUAGCGAUUUAUUGGCAGUGGCUAUUCAAUCUACAAAAGCUAGAGAUCCUGCUGCAUUUCUUGCAUCACAGUCAAUUUCAUCUAGAUACAUUGGUUCUGCAUCAUCUGUUAAGAAUCCAAUCGCAUCUAUGUCUCAGCCUUCCUCACUGGCCCUUGAAGGUGCCAACCCCGCCACAGGACCUGUACUAAAGGAGCAUUUGUAUGCAUAUUCUUAUCCUCAAACUGGCUACCGAGCCGUACCUCAAGGGCAUACAUAUACACCAUCUGCUUUGCAACAAGAAUUUCCAAAUGGCAAUGUGUUCCAUGAAUCUCAUAUGGAGACGAAGUAUGAUCUCCAACGCUACAGUAGCGCUAGUAUGAGCAGCAGCUUGCCUUGGUCGAGUUCUUACACCUCUGGUUAUCGCAGUUUAGAGAAUUCUUCUGGUUCUCCUGGUAGCUUUCUUCAUGAUCUAUUGGCUGAUUCGGCAGGCAGCAAAGUUGCAUAUGAUGAUUUUUUAUGCUCUCAGUACAGCAACGGAGGAGCUAAUUUCAACCUACUUCAGCAGAAUGAUGGCUCUGCUACAUGGGAUUAUAGACAUGGUUCAAGAACCACAUCAACUAUUCCGGAUAAUGCUUAUUACAGUUUAAACGGGCAAAAUCCCCAGCAUGCAGGUUAUCAACAAGCUCAGCAACUAGCACAGCAGCUUCAUGAAGCUUUGGGAUACCCCAGUAUUUACAAUUCUCAUGCAGCGAUGGCAAUAGAACAGCCGCAACAGCAGCAGCAAAAUUUCCGGGAUUUGAUUUUAAAUGAUCUGCAAGGGCCAUCACCUAGGCAAUUACCCCAAACAUGGCAGCAUAACUACUAAAAUCCUUUUUUAAUUUUGUUUUUGUUUUGCCUGGCUAUCAAGCAAAGGAUUGUAAAAGCGGCUGAUUAUAUUACAGUUACAAUCAAAGAUUUCAAUGUGUUGUAUUUUGGGUGCUUUGGCGAUGUCCAAUUGUACAUACUUGAAAAGAGAAGCUGACUGGCAAUGGCAUCUGCCUCUGCCUCCUCAACAUUAUAGAGAGCACUUGAUUUACUAAUGAUUGAUUUGGUUAUUUACA